UAUCCAAUAACCUUCAAUCACUUUGGCAAGUAAACAAACAAAGUCGCACCAACCAAAGUUCUAAAUUUUGAUUGUUUUGAGGAUAGAUAGGAACAGGAUCAUCACUCACAAACUCUUCUCAUUUCUCAAGCCACAACACAACAAUAACUUUUAAUAAUGGCGGCGGCUGCCACCACCGUGCUCCUCCAUCCUAGGAUUCCGACCACCACCAACGUUGCACGCUGCUCUGCUUUGCCUUAUCUUCCUCCACGCCUCUCCACCUCCUCCUUCACCACCACCCCUUUGUUCUCAACUUCCCUCAAACACUUUUCAGGGUCCCAAAAACCUUGUCUGCUUCAAACAAGAGCUUCAUCGGAGGAAUCCGGUUCAGUAGACGCGAACGAGUUGUUCACAGAUUUGAAGGAAAAGUGGGAUGCUGUUGAAAACAAGUCCACAGUACUUCUUUAUGGUGGCGGCGCCAUAGUUGCUGUUUGGCUAUCUUCAAUUCUUGUUGGUGCAAUAAACUCAGUUCCCUUGCUUCCAAAGAUUAUGGAGUUGGUAGGGCUAGGGUACACUGGAUGGUUCGUCUACCGAUACCUUCUGUUCAAGUCUAGCAGAAAGGAGCUAGCUGAGGAUAUUGAUGGACUGAAGAAGAAAAUCACUGGAACUGAAUAGAAUGGUAUUGUGAGAUAUAAAUUAAGUCAAGUUGAUCUUGCUGAACACCAUUUGUUUCCAUUUAGUUGUAUCUUCUGUAUAAGAGGCAUAAGUAUCCUUGUUUGAAAAAAUCUCUGAAAAAAGAGGCAUGUGUAUCCUUAAUAUCCCUUUGGUAUAGAAUAGAUUCAUAUCAAUGUCUACUAUCCUUGUAUCAACCCCAUUUUCUUCUUUAAAUCAUGUAGCAAAUUUUAUGUGUAUUCAUUACUCUGAAUACCUCUGAUCUCUUCACUUCUUCUUCCUAUGAAUUUUU